AUGGCCAUUAAAGUCUUGAUAAUUAGCGCUUUGUUCGCCCUAGUGGCAGCACAAGGUUUCGACGAUUUUGAGCAGCACGAAAUUUAUUACAACUUUGGGUCACAAUCUACAAACAUCCGCUGGGGAACUCUCCAGAAAAUAGGAACUACGUACCGCACUUCUGUAAUUGUUACCGAAGAAAAGACCUCUAAUUAUCACGGAUGUGUUGGAGUUCCCGUCAGCAAGAAGCAUGUUUUGAUUUCAAGGGCCUGCAAUAUUAAUCUAAACAAGAAGCUUGUCGCCGUAGCUUCUGGAGCCGUCAAUUGGGAACAGGAGAAUUCUUUCCGUGAUGUUAAGAAAGUUGAUGCCUUAGGAGAGAAUCUUCUUGUUAUUACUUUACAAAAUGAAAUCGAGAAGGAUAUAACGGUCUACAGUUUGCCAACAGCGAAACUUCGGCGAGGAGCUUCUUAUCUUUCCUUUGGAUGGACUCCUUUGUGCACUCCAAUUGCUAAGAUUGCUAAGCAAACCUUCAAGAAGGAGAUUUUGAUUGUUAAUAAUGAAAAUUGUAGGAUCAAUGAUGAUAUUCACGCUUGUGGGGAAGAACUUUCGCGCAAGGUCGGUGCUGGAUCUCCAGUUAUUAGAGGAUUCACUGUUUAUGGAUUCACUGAUUUCCAAUGCUCCAAGAAGGGUUCCAUUGAUGAAGUGUUUCCAUUUGUUGAUUCUAUUAGAGCUCUUAUUGCGUACUAA